UGGAUAUGUACAAUAAACAAUAUCUCGAAACAGAUUUACCUUAGCGAAAACCCAGAGGAAAUUGCUGCCCGCGUAAAUCAGUCAGCUUUAGAGGCUGUCACUCCCUCACCUUCCUUCCAGCAGAGACAUGAAAGCAUGAGGCCAAUUAUACAGCCUCGGCCUCCCACAAAUCGUACGAGUAGCACUGGAUCUUUGGGAUCUGAUUCGGCAUCACUAUCCGCACUUUCCUUGGACUCGAUUGUUGCACCUGACACACCUAUACAAUUUGAUAUCAUUUCUCCAGUAAGUGAAGACCAGCCUGGUCAAAUAAAAACUCCAGGCCAGUCAGGCAGACGUACAAAUCCUUUUGGAGAGUCUGGUGGAACCAAAUCAGAAACAGAAGAUUCUAUCCUUCAUCAGUUAUUUAUUAUAAGAUUCCUUGGAUCUAUGGAAGUGAAAUCAGAUGAAAGUCCUGAUGUUGUUUAUGAAACAAUGCGUCAAAUAUUAGCAGCUCGAGCUAUACAUAACAUUUUCAGAAUGACAGAAUCACAUUUGUUAGUUACGUGCGAUUGUUUAAAGUUAAUUGAUCCACAAACACAAGUUACAAGACUCCGGUUUCCUUUGCCAAAUAUAGUUCUGUAUGCCACACACCAGGAGAACAAGCGUCUUUUUGGAUUUGUGCUUCAUACUUCAACAGGAAGAGCAGAUGGUAGACCAACUUCAGUUUGCUACAUAUUUGAAUCAAAUAAUGAAGGGGAAAAGAUUUGUGAUUCCGUGGGACUUGCAAAACAGAUUGCAUUACAUGCUGAAUUGGAUCGAAGAUCAUCAGAAAAGCAGAAAGAAAUAGAAAGAGAAAAGGAAAAACAGCAAAAAGAGCUCAAUAAACAGAAACAAAUUGAAAAGGAUUUAGAAGAGCAAAGUCGAUUAAUUGCUGCUUCUAGUCGAUCGAUCCAGAGUGUUGGUGAAGGACAGUUUGUAGUUCUUAGCAAUAGCCCAUCAGAAGACAGUGAUUUGGGUGAAGAUGGAAAGAAGAAGCAAGAAUCUGAUGCAUGAAGCAACUUCAGUGCAAGCCUUUAAACCUCUUGUCUGAAAUGAUAAAUUGUAUCAUUUAAAAUUUACAAAACAAAUUAUGUAAAUUUGUUAUAUUAGAUACAACUUGGUAUUCUCACUCAUUAAGGUUGAUCUUUCUUAAAUGGCUCAGUGUAAAUAUGGAUUUUUGUUCUCCUCAUAACCAAAUGUAGUGAAAUGUUCAUGGCUGUAGCAGAUUUGGAUAUUAUAGAACUUAUUCUAUUUCAAUUACCUAGCUGUUAUGGUGACUUAGAAAGUAAUUUGUGUGACUUAAAAAGUUGGUAGAAAAUCUUUUAUCUUCAGUUUCUU